AUGUGGUCCAAUUGCACAACAGUAGGACCAAACUGUCCCGCUGACGGCUCAGGUCUCAGUUACCCUCCCAACCUCGCAGCAAACAUCAUAUUUGCAGCCUUGUUUGGCUUCUCCCUUAUUGUGCAUAUCUUUCAGGGCUGGAGGUUGAGAACUUGGAGCUUUUUGGCUGCUUAUGCCCUUGGGUCAUCGACAGAGGUUGUGGGGUACAUUGGUCGGAUAUUGUUUCAUAGUAAUCCUUAUGAUCUGAAUAGAUUCUUGGUGCAGAUUGUGUGCUUGACAAUGGGACCGGCCUUCUACUCAGCCGGACUAUAUCUCUGUCUUGCGAGAAUUGUUAUUGUAUACGGCGAAGAAAUCUCUCGCAUCCGCCCAGCAUGGUACACUCGCAUCUUCAUUACCUGCGACCUCAUCUCACUGGCACUCCAAGGCGGCGGCGGAGGCGUAGCGUCAUCAGCAACAAAACCCUCCACUCUAUCCAUGGGAAACAACAUCAUGCUCGCCGGUUUAAUUUUCCAAAUAGUAACUCUCGUCCUCUUUGCGGUACUGUGUCUCGAGUUUUCAUGGCGCGUCCACCGUUCCCCUCAUAUGAAGAACGUCCAGUUCCGUAGUCUUCGCGACAGUCGCCGGUUUCGCGGCUUCUUGCUUGCGGCUGUUGCGACUUUUGUGCUUAUUUUUGUACGAUGCGUGUAUCGUGUUGUUGAGCUUGCUGGAGGAUGGAAUAACCAUUUACAGAGAGAGGAGGUCCCUUUCAUCAUUUUGGAGUCUGGAAUGAUUACUGUCGCUGUGUUUGUAUUUGCUGUCUACCACCCUGGCUACGCUUUCAAGGACGUCUUUGGUGCUUUACGUGCUUCGGUCUCUUCUAACGACAUUCAAAAGGGUGAGAUUGUCGAGAUGCGGCCGGAAUCAGUCGAGACUCUAUUCCGGCCGAAUAAACAGGCUGCCUCAGUCUAA